AUGGCUUCCGACUCGGGCACUCCCCCUCCUCCUCGGGAGCCGACCCCGAGCGGCUCCCUUCCUGCUUCAACCGCAAUCCCAUUGAAGCGCCCUGCCCUCGAAGAGGAUUUCACUCCUUCUGUACCCUCUCCUCUCAAUCCAGAUGUUCGAUCUACACCGAAACCUCCAGGCGUCGAAGAUAUGCCAGCAAAGCGCAACAAAAAAGAGUCGCUGAAGAAGCGCGAGUCCAAGGGCGCCUUCGGCGGUGACAGCAAUCGUGGCACGCCCGACCCGAAGCAUCACGAACCUAAGCAGAGCGACUACAGUCCGAUGCGUUACAAGCUGGCGCCUCCCAAGCCUUCAGACUUUGAGCCUGCGCGCCCUGCUGUCUUCAUCCACCACCAUGACGUUCCUGCCCUGGAUGGCGGCAAGAUCCAGUUCUACGAGACUUCGGAGCAUGUUCAUAACAAGAAGAGCUACCACUACACACACUGCAUCGCCGACCCUGGAUUCCCCUCGUCGCUCUACUACCGCGGCACCGAGGCGGAACCCCACGGUCCUCACCUGAGCUUCGAGGACAGCGCAACCCAUUUGUUUUUCGACCAGACGGGCCGCCACAUCACGACAAACAAGGGCUUUCGCAUGACGCGCGCGAAUGUGGCGAUCCGCGAGGGAUGUUUCUACUGGGAGGUCAAGAUCACGAGGGGCAUCGUCGACAAGCAGAAUGGAGAGGGGCUGCCCGAGUCGCACGGCCACGUGCGCAUGGGCUUCGCGAGGAGAGAGGCAUCACUUGAUGCGCCCGUUGGCUUUGAUGCCUACAGUUACGGGUUCCGCGACGUCGGCGGCGAGAAGGUUUACAUGUCGCGGCCGAAGCCCUUCUUCCCUGAGGGAGAAGGAAUCCGCGAGGGCGACGUCAUCGGUUUAGAGAUCCAACUCCCCUCCGAGCGCCUGCAGCGGAAGGUCUUGGCUGGUCAGUACAAUCCGGCGGUGGACACUGGCUUGGACGACGACAGCACGGCGUUCGAUGCGCCCAACAUUGUCCGCGAUCGUAUUCCCAUUCGCUUCAAGCAGCACAUUUACUUUGAGAAGAUCGACUACCAUACCACCAAGGAGCUCGAAGACCUUAUGAACCCCUCGCCCGUCUCUUCCGGCCCAGCCAAUUCGGUCGAGGCGCCCAACCCCAAUCAUCCUGUUCCCGCCCUCCGUACUCUUCCCAACUCCUACAUCAAGGUGUACAAGAAUGGCGUUCUCAUGGGAACCCCAUUCACCGACCUCCUCGCCUUCCUGCCUCCCGCCUCCAAGCCGCAGGCGCAGAUUGGCGCCCGCGAGGGCCUCGAUAACGGCAUGCUCGGCUACUAUCCCGCCGUGAGCGUCUUCAGAGGCGGCGCCGCAGAGGUCAACUUCGGUCCCGACUUCUGGUUCCCGCCUCCCGGCAUCGCCGAGGACCCCGAUAACGAGGUUUCCAUGGUCGACGUCGGCCAGGAGGAGCCCAAGAAGCCGUCGGCGUUCGCGUACCCCGGUCUGGAUAAGGUCCGUCCCGUCUCGGAGCGCUACACGGAGCAGAUCGUAGAGGACAUUGUCUACGACAUCAUUGACGAGGUCGACUUCUGGAUCCAGGACGGCUGCAAGGUCAUUGACCGCUUCGGCCAAGGCGAGAAGGCUGGUCAGACGGGCAGCCUCGCGGCUGGCGGACGCGACGAGAUCAAAGAGUUGGUCCAGGACGAUUGA